AAUCCAUUGAAUUUUAAUCAAAAAUUUUAAUAUAACUUACGUACUGUUUUAUAGAUAAUUAAAGAACAUUUGAGUUAUGCAUAAGGCUCCAAUGUUUUAAAAUAUGUAAGAUUUUUAUUGAUUCAUCCACAAGGCAUUACCAGCGCUGUCAAAGACUUGCUACAUUCAAAGCUUCCAUCCAGUGAAUAUACAGUCAUUCUUUUUUAGAUACAUUUACUGGAGUUCGACGCAAAUUGGAUAAUUAUUGUAAUAGCACGCCAGUUAACUUUGCAAUGUCAAUACUGAAAUUGAAGCGAGACAGUUCUGGGCCGAAGCGUUAUUCACAAUGUGAGGAGUUGAUGAGAAAAUUUGCGGAAAGCCACGAAGAAAAGUGCAUGACAGUAUCGCUGGAUUUCCCUCGUAUCCGUCGUACUAUGAAGAGGUUCCCGACUGGAUCCUGUUAUGAAGGAACGUGGGACGUGCUCGGGAUGAGUGGAUAUGGAACUUAUACCUUCCAUAAUGGCGUGAUAUAUGAAGGGGAGCUCGACGAUGGAAUGUUUCACGGCUUUGGUGAACUACGAUAUCCCAGUGGAGAAACUAUUAAGGGAAAAUGGAAGAAAGGCGCAUUAGUUGAAAGAACAUUAAUAUUUGAUGAUGGCUUGCCGUAUGAGGAAUACGAUUGGAGUUAUUGUCGAGCGCCAGAUAGAAGGUUUACGCUGGAGUGCAAGACCGGUCUGCAGCCAGCCGGUCAGUCAUAUCUAACAGCCGACCAGGCACCGCGAGCCAUCCCGCCAGGCCUCUACGAUACCGGGGAUGGGUUUUACGAUCCCAAGACGAAGGUUGUCUUUAAAGCCGACGAUAUUACCGCCAUAGUCAGAUCACCAUCAAUACAAGAGCAGAAAUGGAUUAUGGAGAACUGUCGCACAAAUCCAAUGCCUCAUUUAGGUCCACGGAAGGAACUGUAUGAAGAAUGGCUUGCUCCCUCUUUGAAAUUACCUCGUCCACCAGAAAAACUCUUAGACACACCAAAUCAUAGCCCACCACAUCAGUAUCCAGAUGAGUACUACGUUGAUUAUGAGCGCGAGCACUGCUUCUUGCGGAAGAAUACAAUCCCGCACCACAAAUAUAGUUUUUGUAAACCUACGAUAUAGAAUUUUUUAACAAUUGUAGGGGACGUGCUGAGUACAAACAAUAUAAGUGUACACUACCUGCCUCGCAAAGAACUAAUCCAUGUCUAGUCCCAUAAAGUACGAGAUGACGUAACCACGUUUUCAUUAAAGUAUUCACUCUACGUGAAGCAAAGUGAAGUAAUAUUUAAUCUUCCUUUCUGAUUUAUUAUUUUUGAUGCUUUGGUUAUUUUGUGAUUUUUCAGUGUUUUUGAGGAAUUCCAACUUUACCGAAUAGUUAAUUGUGAGGAAUAAUACAAAGUAAAAAAGCUUAGAAGACCAAAAAUUAUUUUUAUUAUUUUUAUAGCAUGAUAUUUAAUUUAUAUUGAUUGCCUGUGUAUGUGUCUGGAGGGUGAGGAGGGGAUAUAGUGUUCAUUUGAAGUAUUUCACAGUUUUAUCCGUACACUCUUGGGGGUCUCAUUGUUCUUAUCAAAGCUCCAUUACAAAACUUUUGCAUACAUCUUCUAGCGUCUACCACCUUGAAUAUAAGCUGCACUUUGACUCCUCCGUGCCUUUCUUCGCGGCCUCAGGGACACUCUGAACACAUAGGUUUAAGUUUCUUAACAUAUCGUUCUGGGUAACCCUGGUUGAGGCGACCAUCCCUGAAAGAUAUAAAUACGACCCGACACUCGAGGCUAGUCUUGGGUCAGAUUUGACGGUAAGGAAACAGGUUCAGGAUUUGGCAAUUCUUAUCUGCCCCAAUAGGUCCCACGAUUGAUGGAAGAGAUCAAUCGUAUUUGAGGCAGAAACCAGGGAAUUUCUAAUGCAUAUGAGUGUGUCACCGUUCAUAGUCUCGAUGAGUUUCAGUGGCAUUUUGGGCUCCUUACAAUUUUCCCCACUUCACUCUAAGCUUCGAAAUUACUUUUUCAAUCUCUACUGGGUUUACGGUACUAUCUGGUCGACUUCUGCGGCCCCGUCCGGGUCUGCUUUUCUUGCCCACUCCUCGAAGCAACUGUCGCUCUUGCUCAUCUCUGUCUGACACUGGUUGACUUGAGUUGGAUGGUAAUGGCUCGCCUGUUACCUCUCUAUCUAUAUGUAUUGUCUCGACUCAUUGCUGAAGCCAAGGGUCAUUGUUCUGUUAGGCAUAUAAUGUUGAGUAAUGAGUAUUGAUAUACUUAUUAGGUACCUUAGUUAUUAAGCUUUUGGUACAUCUUUAUCUUAAUUUUGAUUACGUUUUUAAUGUAUUUUUUAAUUUUUGCAUCUAGCUAUAUUAAUUAUGUGAUACAUAAUUUGUUAAUGAUUUUUUUAAUCACUAAUAAAGCUAAUA